AUGGCCUCAGAUUCAACAAUCAUCGGCUUGGUCGCUGUUGCUCUUCUGAGCGUUCUGUUUCUCGCCUCGACAAGAGCCAAGAAUGGAGCCUCUACCCCAAAACCUCUUAAGCUUCCCAUCAUUGGUGACCUCCAUAACUCACCACUCGAGAGGCCGCUCCUGAACUGGGAUGCUUGGACCAAGGCUCAGGGGCCAGUGGCCACUCCGAAGCUCUUUGACAUCGUUCCAUUGGUAGUCCUCAACACCGCUGAAGCAGCGACGGAACUUUUCGGAAAGCGAAGCGCGUACUACAGCAACAGACCCAGCUCCGUGAGCAUGGAGAUGAUCACCGGCGCCGGACCUGGGAAGUCGAGGUUCACGCUAAUGCAUGACUACGAUGACCACUUGAAGUUGCAUCAUCGCAUGCUCUCUCCGAGUCUGGGGGUUGUGGCAGCGCCAAGGUAUCAACCUCUCAUGCAACUGGAGUCGAGACAGCUUCUUCAGGACACCCUCAGUCUCAUUCGACAAAGAGGUGAAAGUGAAGCAACAGUCCGUAGUACGGAGUUAUAUCCACUGCUAGAAAGAACACAGGCGAGUGUCAUUCUCGGUCUGCACUACGGCAUGAGGGUGCCGAGCCAUAACGACUCUGUCUUCACUGAGAUCGUCGACAUCCAGCAUAAAGUCACCCAUGUAGCAGCCAACCCCGGCCUCAUCGACUUUAUUCCUCCUUUGCGAUAUCUCCCAUCAUCUAUCUCACCGUGGCAUCGCUCUGCAGCAAACCUGUUUAACACACAGAAGGACCUGUAUUUGCGACUCCUGGAAACGGGUAUGACUGGCCCUGGAUGGAACGCUACUAAGCAGGCUCGUGCCAUUGCUUCUAAAUACGGCGAGGCUGGAGAUAUCUCGGACCUGGAUCUUGCCUUCACUCUAGCCACUAGCAUUCAGGGCGGCAUGGAAACCGGGCCGAGGCAGAUGCUGUGGCUUCUUGUUGCUGCACAUGCGAAUACAGGAUUUCUAGCCAAGGCUCAUGCUGUGCUGGAUGAAGUCGUGGGACGGGACAGGUUGCCGCAAUUCUCAGACCGGUCGAGCUUAACCUACAUCGACGCCGUUGUGUCAGAGGUGAUGCGCUGGCGGCCAAUAUCACCAGGCAGCAUCCCACGGAGGGCAGACCGGGAAGAUGAGAUAUACGGCGCACGGAUUGUCAAAGGAGCUACCCUGUUUGCGAACGCCUGGGCUAUUGGACGAGACGAGGAGGCGUUCAGUCCAGCUUUGGGCGACUUGAAUGCGUUCAUGCCGGAGAGAUGGUUAGAAGGAGACGGCAAACUUCGCAACGAUCUUCCCCUGGCGGUAUUCGGCCAGGGAAGGCGCAGCUGUUUGGGCAAGCGGGUGGCUUUGGAUAACACAUUCAUGGUCUUCGCAAGUCUUCUAUGGGCUUUUGAUAUCAUUCCGACUGAAGAGGUUGAUACCAUGGCGAUGAAAGUGACCGGAUUCAUGACGGUGCCUUCUGAAUUCAAGUUCGGUCUCAGGCUUCGGGGGCCGUGGGUUCGGGAGGUCCUUCAGAGGGAUCUCAAUAUUGCCGAGACGGAUCUGAGUAAGGUCAUGGGUCCAUGGGUAGAUGUUGAGACUUCUUAG